ACUAUUAUUAAUUGUUUAAUAGUGUUUGAAUAAUGCAGUUAACUGUGCUAGCUAUAUUUGUAGCACUAUUCGUAGCUCAGGUGGAAUUGCUUAGUCUGAGCGGUCGCAUUACGAAUGGAGAGUUCGCUGUUGCGGGUCAAUUUCCAUACCAGGUGGGCUUCAAUGUUUCGUUUGGCAACAGCAGCACCUGGUGUGGCGGCACCUUGAUCAGCCAUCGCUGGAUACUGACGGCUGCCCACUGCAUGGAUGGAGCCGUGAGUGCAACUGCCUACCUGGGGGCACUCAACAUCACGAAUGACCUGGAGCCGGGCCAGUUGCGGUAUCAGGUGCACAAGUCGCACAUGAUAGUGCAUGCCAACUGGACAGCGAGCACUGUGGCCAAUGAUAUUGCGCUGGUGCAGCUGCCUCUCGCAGUGGAGUUCGGCGAUCGAGUGAGGGCGGCCGAGCUGCCCAGGGGCUUGAAUGGCAGCUACUCCAGCUAUGAGCAGAUGACGGCCUAUGCCUCCGGCUGGGGCAGGGAUAGCGACAGCUCCAGCUCGACCUCGCCCACGCUGCGCUACGUGGCAAUGCCCGUGAUGCCACAGGCGCGUUGCAAGCUGUACUGGGGCGGCUCGCUGUCCGAGAAGAUGCUCUGCAUGAGCACCAGCAGCGGCAAAUCCACCUGCCAGGGCGACUCCGGCGGGCCACUGAUCUACAAGGAGGACGACAAGAGCUACUUGAUAGGCAUUACCUCCUUCGGCCUCGCCACGGGCUGCGAGAUUGGCUUCCCGAGCAUCUUCACGCGGGUCACCAGCUACCUCGAUUGGAUCUGGCAGCACACAAACAAUUGAAGUUCCUUAAAAAUACACAUAAAACAAGAGACUCUUUUGUAUUUUGUUUGUUUUUUUUUUAUUUUAUGUGUUUCCAAUUUUUUUUAUUGUUCUUUUGGGUUUUUUGAAAUUUUUAUUCGAACUUUCGAAACGUGCGUAAAAGUCGAAGAGAAAGUAGUUCAUUUUCGAAGCGUGGCUAAAGGCUUCCAAUGAAACUUUUUACGAGUUUUCGGGCAACUUUUUCGAAAUGUCAUUUUUGUGUUUUGUUUGUUUUGUUUUUCAACUAUGUACAAAAACUUAAAAAGUAGAGCAGGGGGAGAAAAAACUAAGAAAUAGAAUUACGUGUUUUUUUUUUGUUUUAAUAUAUAUCUAAUGCUGCUUUUGUUGUUGUUGUUGUUGCUGCUGUUGUUUUUCUUGUUGUGUGUUUAGCAUUAGCAAUAUCUUUGCUUUGUUUUUGUUUUUCUUGGAAAUUUUCUUGUAACUCAACAUUUUUCGUAUUUUCCAAAUAUGAAUAUGUAUAUGUAUAUAUAUUGUAUGUGUGUUUAGUUAGUAUAUAGCUAUACGAUCCUCUUCUUCGUCUUCUUCUCCCAUUAUUUUCUUUUGUUUUUUUUUUAAUUAGCUUAAUGCAAUUAG